AUGAUGACAGUAUCGAUAGACGAUAGCGAGAAUAACUUCGCUGAAAAAAACAGAACUACAAAUAUUAAAAAAAUUACGAGUAUAGCAAAAUCAUGGGGAAUUAAUGGAAAAAUGACAAUACAUGAACUUGGUUUGCUUCUCGUCGAAAAGUCCUCAACAUAUCCCGUGCGUAAGAAUCUUUUGGAAGCAUUUCAUUUAUUGUAUCUACUGAAAGCAUCCGAUGAAACAUAUCCAUUAGUUAUUAUCGAAAAAAUCAUCACUUGUUUGACUUUAUCACUCACACACGAAUAUAAACUUGAAGCAUUGAAAAUACUACUAUUGAUAGCUCAGGAGGAGAAAGGAUUGCGCAAUAUAUUAAGGUUGCAAGGUUGUGAUGCUACGCUCAAUCUGUUGUUUAAAGCUGAAGAAGUCUUGAAACCUUACUGUUUAAAUCUAUUGAUCAGAAUUUCAGAAUCUUUGAGGGGAAGGAUUGCUAUUCUUGAAUAUGCGGACUCGUCUCAGCAACUCCUUCUACAACUACAAAAGUCGAAAAAAUUUAGUAAUCUAAUACUUCAGCUCAUAACUAAUUUGUUGGGAGUACCUACAGCUAGAAAAAUGUUCAGUGUUCCAAAAUUUAUCAGUUAUUUAUCCAGUAAAUCAGAUGAUUCAGAAUUAAAUCUACGCAAACAAUUAUUAUUAUGGUUAGUUAAUUUACCAAGUCAAAAUCUAGUUGAUCAUUUGGCUUCACAAUAUGGUUUACAUGAUCAAAAUUGGAAUAUUUCAACCGAAAACAAGUAA